UAGCAUCGGGAUGUCAAUCAGCUCUGAUUUGGGCUAGAGAAGCCCAACCGGAAGCAGCCGCCAUGGGGGCGCCAAUUCAACGGCGCACUCUUCCGGUCCGGUUUUUGUUAUUGACGUCCCCCUGCGGGAAACAUCGCGCUCGUUUAUUCGUUCCGCCUAGUAGCUGAUGUGGCGGAAAUGAGAGAGAGAAGCCGGGCUUUAAAAGGCUGGUUUGAAGGUUGUUUCUGAUAUAUUUGGCAAUCGUAAGGCAUACUUAUCGUCAAGAGGGUUUUCUCCGCAAGAUUUGUUCAGAUGUGGCUUGCCAUUGCCUUCCUUUGAAAGUGAGCGACUUGCCCAAGAAAACCCAAUCAGUUCCCAGGGCUUAAGGCCAUCUUGGCUAUUUGCUGGAUAGCAUUGCUUUCUGAUUCAAGGAGAGGAAAAUGUCUUCGGACGAAUCCAGGCCGCUUUUGGGCGAAAUUCAACCGCAACCAGACGAGAGGUCCUUGCAAUCGGAGAAUUAUUUAAGCCAAGUCCAGAAUCAGGGACUCUACCUGGCCACCUUUGCGUCUGUUUUGGGGCCGCUCAGCUUUGGCUUUGUCCUGGGCUACAGCUCCCCGGCCAUCCCCAGCUUGAAGCAAAGCAGCCGCCCGGAAUUGAGACUGGACGACAGCCAGGCCUCUUGGUUUGGGUCUGUCGUGACGCUGGGUGCCGCUGCCGGAGGGAUCCUGGGAGGUUUCCUGGUGGAGCGGACGGGCCGGAAGCUGACCCUGAUGCUGUGCGCCGUUCCUUUCGUCUUCGGCUUCACGGUCAUCCUCUCGGCGCAGAACGCCUGGAUGCUUUACCUGGGACGGGUCCUGACUGGAGUGGCCAGCGGCAUCACCUCGUUGGUCGUCCCGAUCUACAUUUCCGAGAUCGCUCACUCCGGUGUUCGUGGCAUGCUGGGCUCCUGUGUUCAGCUGAUGGUGGUGAUCGGCAUCUUGGGAGCGUAUACGGCUGGCCUGGUUCUGGAGUGGCGCUGGCUGGCGGUGCUGUGCUCCAUCCCGCCUUGCCUCCUGUUGGGGUCCAUGGCCUUCAUGCCCGAGACGCCCCGCUUUCUCCUCCUGCGGCAGAAGCGGGAACACGAAGCCGUGGCCGCCCUGCGCUUCCUGCGAGGGCCUUUGGUGGAGCAUCAGCGGGAAUGCCUGGAGCUCCAGGCCCACGCGGGAGAACAGGAGGCGCUGAGCCUUGCCGAGUUCAAGAACCCGUCCAUCUACAAGCCCUUCUGCAUCGGCGUCUCUAUGAUGUUCUUCCAGCAAGUCUCCGGCAUCAACGCCAUCAUGUUCUACGCGGAAACCAUCUUCGAAGAGGCCAAGUUCAAGAGCAGCGGCGCCGCUUCGGUCAUCGUGGGCUCCAUCCAGGUCUUUUUCACAGCCGUGGCGGCUCUGCUGAUCGAUAAAACGGGGCGAAAAGUCCUUCUGGUGCUAUCAGGGCUCAUCAUGGCGGCCAGUGCGGCCAUUUUUGGGAUGUAUUUCAAGAUGACCCCUCCGAUCCCAAACAAUUCCUCCCAGGUGCUUUUCCUGAACUCGCAGCUGAGCCUUGCUGUCACGGAAGGACACAGCCUCGCCUGGCUGGCCGUCCUGAGCCUGGGACUCUUCAUUGCGGGAUUCGCCUUGGGGUGGGGCCCGAUCCCGUGGCUCCUGAUGUCCGAGAUCUCCCCGCUCCGGGCGCGAGGGGUGGCCAGUGGCGCCUGCGUCUUGACCAACUGGACCAUGGCCUUUCUCGUCACCAAGGAGUUCCACGACCUCAUGGUGCUCCUCACACCUUCCGGCACCUUCUGGCUCUUCUCCGCCUUCUGCCUCUUCAGCGUCCUUUUCACCCUCCUCUGGGUCCCCGAAACGAGGGGCCGGAGCCUCGAAGAGAUCGAAGACAUUUUCCGGAGGUCCCAUUAAGCCCUUUGCAACAAUCCAUCCAUCCGGCUGAGGAUUUUGCUCAGGUAACGGAGGCGGAUGGAAUAACCCCGGUUCCCAGGAGACGGGCAAAAAUGCGGACUUUCCUUGCCAUGGGAUGCUGCGUUUGCACUUGACGGCAUCACAGAACAGCAAGGAUGCUGGAUUUCCUAAACAGAGCCAUGCCCUGUCUGGCCUUGUCUGUUUUUACACUUGAAUUUUUUUUACUGUUACAGGGUCACUGGGGGCCUUUUCUUACCCAGAGUUGCUUCAUGAAUCAAGGCUGUUUUAAAAGGAUUCCAAGAGAGAUCUUUCUCAGAAAGAAGGUUCCUUAGGAGAAGAAAGGAAAGUGUAUGAGAGAAAGGAAACAAGAGUUGAAUGAAAGAGAAGGAAUGAAGGAAGGCGUAUGAGAGAAAGAAAGCAAGUUUUAUUUUUAUUUAUUGUGUCAGGAGCAAAUUGAGAAUACAAAACAAAACAAUUUUAUUGAUCAGCCAAUAUAAACACUACAUAUAGUAUAUAUCUGGCCCGAGUAAAAUUAUACAGUUACUAGCUAUGCCUGGCCAGGCGUUGCUGUGGCUAGGACUUUAUUUUUCUUUUCUUUUUGUUGUAUGAACGUAGAGGUGUGGAUGAGAGGUUGUGCUGUCAAUUUUCAAAGUUGUGGGGCAUUUAGUUUAGUUGUUUUGUCCGGUGCCGUGAUUCCAUUACCCUUUUAUAUAUAUAGACUAGCUGUGCCCGGCCACGCAUUGCUGUGGCGAAGUCUGGUGGUAUGGGAAAUAAAGUAUUGAGGAAUUGGUGGUAGUUAAGGUAAAGGGUAAAGGUUUUCUCCUGACAUUAAGUCCAGCUGUGUCCGACUGCAAACUGAAGUGGAUUAUAUGGCAGUGUGGAGUCAAGAUAAUCCAGUUCAAAGCAGAUAAUAUAAGAUUAUAAAUUGGUUAUAUAGCUGUGUGGAAGGGCCUUGAGUCUACAAUGCCAUAUAAUCCAGUUCAAAUCUGAUAAUCUGUAUUUUUAUAGGCAGUGGGGAAGAGGCCCUAAGUGAGGCCUAACUCUGCCUGUCCCCUGGGCUGUGUAGGUUGUUAGGAGACCAAGUGAGCAGAGCUUAGCCUUCUAACUGGCAGCAAUUGGAUAAAAACAAUUAUUAUUCUCCCUCUAAUUAGGAUUUUUUCUUUUCUUUUUGUUGUAUGAACGUAGAAGCAUGGAUGAGGGGUUGUGCUGCCAGAUUUAGUGUUUCUGGGAUGUGUAGUUUUGUCCUAGGCCGAAAUUUCAUUACCCUUUUAUAUAUAUAGAUAAUGUAUACAAUUCUAUACAGUUAUAAUGUAUAGAAAAACAACAAACAAAGUUGAAAACUUGGCAUUAUACUCAAUUUCCUUUGACCACUUGGGAGUGCCUUUGGUGUUGCUGUGAGAACGUCCUCCGUUGUGCAUGUGACAGGGCUCAGGCCGCAUUGUAGUAAGUGAUCUGUAGUUUGCUCUUCUCCACACUCGCAUAUUGUAGUUCCAAUACAAUAUGCUCUGCAUCUCGUGGCGCCAGAGCUCAUUCUAUUCAGUGCCUUCCAAGUCGCCCAGCCACUGAUUGAGGUUUUGAGUUUUAGCCUGCCACUUUUGGACUCUUGCUUGCUGAGCUGUUCCUGUGAGUAUCUCUGUAGAUCUUAGGAAGUUAUUUCUUAAUUGGCAUGCUGGGUGAUAUCCGAACAGAGGAUGGGUCGGAGAUGUCAAUACCUUGGUCCUUUCAUUACUGGCUGCUACUUCCCAACGAAUGUCGGGUGAUGCAAUACCGUUUAAACCAGGGGUCCCCAAACUAAGGCCCGGGGGCCGGAUGCGGCCCUCCGAGCUCAUUGACCUGGCCCCCGCCCUCAGUUUUAUAAUAUAAUAUAUUGUAUAUACAUAUAAUAUUGAUAAUAAUAUUAUAAUGUAAUACAAUAUAACACUAAUAAUAAUACCAUAUAAUAAUAUUAAUUAUAUAUUCUAUAUUACAUUUGUAUAAUAUUACUAAUAAUAUUACAGUAUAGUGGUAUAGUUCAAUAAAGUAAUAUAUAAUGCUAAUAUUGUGCUAUGCUAAUAAUAUAAUAUAUUGUAUGUACAUAUAAUUUGUAAGCCACUCUGAGUCCCCUUUGGGGUGAGAAGGGUGUGAUACAAAUGUAGUAAAUAAGUGCAGUAAAUAAAUAAAUAAUAAAUAAAUACAUUUUAGACUUAGGCUCGCCCAAAGUCUGAAAUGACUUGAAGGCACACAACAACAACAACAACAACAACUCUAAUUAACUUGACUAUCUCAUUGGCCAGAAGCAGGAGCACACUUCCCAUUGAAAUCCUGAUAAAUGUAUGUUGGUUAAAAUUACUUUUAUUUUUAAAUAUUGUAUUGUUCUUUCAUUGUUGUUGUUGUUGUUUUUGCACUACAAAUAAGACAUGUGCAGUGUACAUCGGAAUUUAUUUGUAUUAUUUUUUUUUUUAAAUGAAAAUCCGGCCCCUCAACAGUCUGAAGGAUUGUGGACCGGCCCUCGGCUUAAAAAGUUUGAGGACCCCUGGUUUAAACAGUAUAUUUUCUCCAGCAAUGUUGAAUGUAGACAUCCUGUGAUAAUGCAGCAUGUCUCAUUAAGAGCCACAUUCACUGUUUUAAUGUGGUGAGAUGCAAUGCGUAUUCAGUAGCAGAGUAGCCAAGUGCAAGGGCAGAUGUCUUCACUGUCUGGUUGUGAUCUCCAGGUUGUGCUUGAUAUUCAAGCAGUGCUUCUUGUAAGUCCAGGCUAACUCCCAGGUAUGUUGUUGUGCUGCAAUGCUCCAGUGGGAUUCCUCCCCAAAUGAUCCUCAGAGCUCGAGAUGCUUGUCUCUACUCAAGGCGGAAAGCCCGCCUACAUUUUAGAUGGAUUAGGAAUCAGAUGAUUUUCCCUGUAUUAGCCAGUAAGAGCACCUAAAGCUUCGGGCACGAGAGAAUACGGGAUAGUAACACAUCCGGGUAUCCCUUGGGUAACGUCUUUGUAGACGGCCGAUUCUCUCACACCAGAGACUUGCAGUAUAUAAACAAACAAAUAAAGCAAGAGUUGAACAAAAGUGAAAGAAGGAAGGAAGGUGCAUGAGAGAAAGAAUGAAAGAGUUGAAUGAAAGAGAAAGAAAGAAGGAAGAAAAGUAUAUGAGAGAAAGAAAGCUGAAUGAAAGAGGGAAAAAGAAGGAAGGUGUAUGAGAAAGAAAUGAAGAAAGAAUUGAACGAAAGAAGGAAGGAAGGAAAAGAAUGAGAGAAAGAAUGAAAGAGUUGAAUGAAAGAGAAAGAAAGAAGGAAGGAAGGUGUAGGAGAGAAAGAAUGAAAGUUGAAUGAAAGAAAGAAGGAAGGAAGGAAGGUAGGUGUAGGAGAGAAAGAAUGAAAGAGUUGAAUGAAAGAGAAAGAAAGAAGGAAGAAAAGUAUAUGAGAGAAAGAAAGCUGAAUGAAAGAGGGAAAAAGAAGGAAGGUGUAUGAGAAAGAAAUGAAGAAAGAAUUGAACGAAAGAAGGAAGGAAGGAAGAGAAAGAGAGAAAGAAUGAGAGAAAGAAUGAAAUGAGAGAAAGAAUGAAAGAGAAAGAAAGAAGGAAGAAAAGUAUAUGAGAGAAAGAAAGCUGAAUGAAAGGGAAAAAGAAGGAAGGUGUAUGAGAAAGAAAUGAAGAAAGAAUUGAACGAAAGAAGGAAGGAAGGAAGGAAGGAAGAGAAAGAGAGAAAGAAUGAGAGAAAGAAUGAAAUGAGAGAAAGAAUGAAAGAGUUGAAUGAAAGAGAAAGAAAGAAGGAAGAAAAGUAUAUGAGAGAAAGAAAGCUGAAUGAAAGAGGGAAAAAGAAGGAAGGUGUAUGAGAAAGAAAUGAAGAAAGAAUUGAACGAAAGAAGGAAGGAAGGAAGAGAAAGAGAGAAAGAAUGAGAGAAAGAAUGAAAUGAGAGAAAGAAUGAAAGAGAAAGAAAGAAGGAAGAAAAGUAUAUGAGAGAAAGAAAGCUGAAUGAAAGAGGGAAAAAGAAGGAAGGUGUAUGAGAAAGAAAUGAAGAAAGAAUUGAACGAAAGAAGGAAGGAAGAGAAAGAGAAAGAAUGAGAGAAAGAAUGAAAUGAGAGAAAGAAUGAAAGAGAAAGAAAGAAGGAAGAAAAGUAUAUGAGAGAAAGAAAGCUGAAUGAAAGAGGGAAAAAGAAGGAAGGUGUAUGAGAAAGAAAUGAAGAAAGAAUUGAACGAAAGAAGGAAGGAAGGAAGAGAAAGAGAGAAAGAAUGAGAGAAAGAAUGAAAUGAGAGAAAGAAUGAAAGAGAAAGAAAGAAGGAAGAAAAGUAUAUGAGAGAAAGAAAGCUGAAUGAAAGAGGGAAAAAGAAGGAAGGUGUAUGAGAAAGAAAUGAAGAAAGAAUUGAACGAAAGAAGGAAGGAAGAGAAAGAGAGAAAGAAUGAGAGAAAGAAUGAAAUGAGAGAAAGAAUGAAAGAGAAAGAAAGAAGGAAGAAAAGUAUAUGAGAGAAAGAAAGCUGAAUGAAAGAGGGAAAAAGAAGGAAGGUGUAUGAGAAAGAAAUGAAGAAAGAAUUGAACGAAAGAAGGAAGGAAGAGAAAGAGAAAGAAUGAGAGAAAGAAUGAAAUGAGAGAAAGAAUGAAAGAGAAAGAAAGAAGGAAGAAAAGUAUAUGAGAGAAAGAAAGCUGAAUGAAAGAGGGAAAAAGAAGGAAGGUGUAUGAGAAAGAAAUGAAGAAAGAAUUGAACGAAAGAAGGAAGGAAGAGAAAGAGAAAGAAUGAGAGAAAGAAUGAAAUGAGAGAAAGAAUGAAAGAGUUGAAUGAAAGAGAAAGAAAGAAGGAAGAAAAGUAUAUGAGAGAAAGAAAGCUGAAUGAAAGAGGGAAAAAGAAGGAAGGUGUAUGAGAAAGAAAUGAAGAAAGAAUUGAACGAAAGAAGGAAGGAAGGAAGAGAAAGAGAAAGAAUGAGAGAAAGAAUGAAAUGAGAGAAAGAAUGAAAGAGUUGAAUGAAAGAGAAAGAAAGAAGGAAGAAAAGUAUAUGAGAGAAAGAAAGCUGAAUGAAAGAGGGAAAAAGAAGGAAGGUGUAUGAGAAAGAAAUGAAGAAAGAAUUGAACGAAAGAAGGAAGGAAGGAAGAGAAAGAGAGAAAGAAUGAGAGAAAGAAUGAAAUGAGAGAAAGAAUGAAAGAGUUGAAUGAAAGAGAAAGAAAGAAGGAAGAAAAGUAUAUGAGAGAAAGAAAGCUGAAUGAAAGAGGGAAAAAGAAGGAAGGUGUAUGAGAAAGAAAUGAAGAAAGAAUUGAACGAAAGAAGGAAGGAAGGAAGAGAAAGAGAGAAAGAAUGAGAGAAAGAAUGAAAUGAGAGAAAGAAUGAAAGAGUUGAAUGAAAGAGAAAGAAAGAAGAAAGGAAGGAAGGUGUAGGAGAGAAAGAAUGAAAGAGUUGAAUGAAAGAGAAAGAAGGAAAGUAUGAGAGAAAGAAAUGAAGAAAGAGUAAAACGAAAGAGAAAGAAGGAAGGAAGGAAAAUGUAUGAGAGAAAGAAUGAAAGAGUUGAAUGAAAGAGAAAGAAAGAAAAUGUAUGAAAGAAAGAGUUGAAUGAAAGAAGGAAAGAAGGAAGGUGUAUGAAAGAAAUGAUGAAAGAGUUGAAAGAAAGAAGGAAGGAAGGUAGGUGUAUGAGAGAAAGAAUGAAAGUGCUGAAUGAAAGAGAAAGGAAGGAAAAUGUAUGAAAGAAAGAAAGAAAGAGUUGAAUGAAAGAGACGGAAAGAAGGAAGGAAGGUGUAUGAGAGAAUGAAUGAAAGAAAAAGAAAGAAGGAAGGAAAAUGUAUGAGAAAAAGAAAGAGUUGAACGAAAGAGAAAGAAUUAAGAAAGCAGGUGAACUAUAACCAUUGGCUACUCUUCUACUUGAGACUUAAUGUCUUUGUACAUAGCUGGAUGGCCAUCUGUCGAGACAGCUUUGAUUGUUUCUCUGGGUUUGGGAGCUUUUAUUAUUACUAAUGAUAAUACUAAUUCCAAUGCUGAUCCCCCUUCAACACAAUAAGCUAUAGACGUUGGCAUUCGGGCUCCUUUUCCGAUUGUCGGGUCUACGUUGGGCAUUUCCUUCUAUCAUUGUGUGUCAUACAACACUAUUUUUGCAAACCUGGCUGUGCCUGAAACGAUGCUUUAAAACUCUGGGUCUGUUAUUAUGUACACAAGAAGCUGCUCAGUUUGGGAAAAUUGUUUCCGACGGUGGUGACGUUGUGGGUCCAGUUUUGUGUGACAUAUUCAGAUGUUCAUUAUUUUUUGGGUUAUUUUUUAUUCAUUUCCCAUGCUUGUAAUUAUAAUGGUUAGGACUGUUCGUACUAAUUUCUCCAAUAAUAUAUUUAAUAUGGGGAUACAUUUAUUUUUACUCCUCCCCUGCAAUAAAUACUACUGAUUCCAAUCUGA